CCGGUUGUUGUUUGUAUGCUAUUUAUGUGUGCGUGAGUGUGCGAAGAAUUAUUCAGCACACAGUAAGCACGCGACGAAGUCACUCGUCGUCGUCGUCGCCGUCGCCAAAGUAACGUUACUGCCGUGGCUCAGCUAAGUGGUGGAAAGAAUUUCCACUGGCACCUACAUAAGCAAACGAGCAGGCACAAGAGCGUCUUGGCAGUUGGCAGUUGGUCCAAGUACCAGUCAGUACUCAGCUACACACAUACAUACACACCCACACGCAAGUGUAAAGACACGAGUGGUGUUAGCGGCGGGGCAGCGGCACAGUAAUUUCCUUAGCCAGCUUUUUUACAUUCUCACACACACACGCACGCACGUACAUACGUGCAGCGUCAUCUUCGUUUGUGGCCGCAGUGCAUGCAAUUCUUACCACAUAUACAUAGCUGCAUAUGUGUAGGUGUGCUUGUGAUUUUUGCUCAUUGCUAUGCGCCCGCGUUUGGCAUACAAAUGAAGAAAUAUGAGUGCGCGUUUUUGAGGAGCACAGCAGCAACAACAAUAACAACAACUACAGCAACGUCAAUAACAACAAAAGCCAGCAACUGCAACAGUGUAAGACAUGCACAGUGGGUGCUAAGCGUAUACGAACAAUAAGAAGACGCAAAAUUCCAGCCACUGCAACAAGGAAAGUCAAUUGAAGCGCCAUAAAGCCAACCCAUAGCAGCGCUAAGCCGUCCGCCCGCGCGCCCAAGUCAUCAGUGGCGUCGUUAGCAGCAUUGUCGCCGUUGUUGUCCUCAUACUUAUACCACACACUGUUAUCCACAUCCUCUGUAGCACUUCUACGGCCUCGUCUUCGCCCUCAACUUCGUUGUCAUCAUCAUCAUUACCCGGUUGUGCACUCGCCACUGCGUCCGUUAGUAUAUAUUACUGAGUUCGAGUAUAGCGUGUGCGCCGCAGGAGCUGAAGCGUUCCAAUAUUGGAGCUAUAUAAGCGAACGUAGAAAUCAAAUCUCGUGUAGCCUUAAAUGAAAUAUUAAUAUUUGUCAUCAUUCGUUUGGCGAGUUAAGUUGGCUGCAGAACGUUUUUCCGCCACAAAGUCAACGCGCGCCACAGUGGGUGACUCGCCAGACUCGCGUUGACUUGCAAGUCAAAUAUUAAGUAACAAAAAAGAAAGCAAGCCUGCAGCACGAAGAAGGGAAAUAAGGAGCGCAAAACACAGCAUACGACAAACAUAGUAGUACCCACUCAGCGACAAGCAUUUAAACGCACAACCUGAAAAGUGGAAAAUAAAAACGCAAAAACGCGAAAAAGCUAAAAUUUCAAAGGCAAAAAGACCCGACACUUCACAACUUACGAGUAGUCGUCGCCAUCGACGUCAGCGUCGUCGUCGUUGUCGUCAUCGUCGCCGCAGUGGUUCAACAGUGCCACUAGUUUUUGAGCUUUGCAGCAAUUUCAGCGCUUUUUCGUCGGUCGCUGCACACUUCAAAUUCAUAACUUUGUAAAUACACACACACAUACAUAUAUACAAACACACACAAAUACAUAUAUAUGUACAUAAAUAUAUUUGUAACAUAUCCGUCGUUGGCGUAAGAAGUGCACGUUGCAGUGACAGUUACAGUUAUAGUGUUUAAGUAGUGUGUAACGUACAUAUAAGUAAGCAACAACAACAACAACAACAACAAAAACUAUAAUAACAAACAACCACGUUCCUGUGCCUGUGUAUGUGCUUCAACUUGUACGCUUAGCAUAUACAUACAUACAUAUAAUUGCUUGUGUGUGACUGUGACUGUUCAUCCUACCGCUUGCUCUCUCCCCCGCUCUCUGUGUGCGUUCGUGUGUGCGUAAAGGAUAAUAAUUUUCCUCAAAAUGCGUCUGCAAUAUCGCAACAAGAAAGCGACGCUAUGGCUGAUGGUCACCAUAGUCGUUGUCACCAUGUUCCUCUUCAAAUUCACCGAAUUCGCGCCAACGUGUUUCUUCAAGAACGACGUUACGUCGCCGGAUGGAUCGCUGAUGGUGCGCGAAGAGAAAUAUGUGAUGGGUGAAGAUCAAAAGACUUAUUCAUAUGGACGCGAAAUGCCGCUAAUAUUUAUUGGCGGUGUGCCCAGAUCGGGGACAACGCUGAUGCGCGCCAUGUUGGAUGCACAUCCGGAUGUGAGAUGUGGCCAGGAGACACGUGUCAUACCACGUAUACUGCAAUUACGCUCGCAUUGGAUGAAAUCGGAGAAGGAAUCGAUGCGACUAAUGGAGGCGGGCAUCACCAAGGAGGUGAUGAACGGUGCAAUAGCGCAAUUUUGUCUCGAAAUCAUCGCUAAACAUGGCGAACCAGCGCCUCGUCUAUGCAAUAAGGAUCCGCUGACGCUAAAGAUGGGCUCCUACGUGAUAGAACUAUUUCCAAAUGCGAAGUUCCUGUUUAUGGUAAGAGAUGGGCGCGCCACAGUGCAUUCAAUCAUCUCGCGCCAUGUGACGAUAACCGGCUUCGAUUUGACCAGCUAUCGGCAGUGUAUGCGGAAGUGGAACUUCGCCAUCGAAGUGAUGCACAACCAAUGCAAGGAGAUCGGCAAGGAGCGCUGCAUGAUGGUUUACUAUGAACAAUUGGUUCUGCAUCCCGAGGAGUGGAUGCGAAAAAUAUUGAAAUUCCUGGAUGUUCCAUGGAAUGAUGCGGUUUUGCAUCACGAGGAGUUCAUCAAUAAGCCAAAUGGUGUGCCGCUCUCCAAAGUGGAGCGCUCCUCGGAUCAGGUUAUUAAACCGGUGAAUUUGGAAGCACUCUCCAAAUGGGUAGGCAAUAUACCUGAAAAUGUGGUACGUGAUAUGGCCGACAUUGCGCCCAUGUUAUCGGUGCUCGGUUAUGAUCCCUAUGCGAAUCCGCCGGAUUAUGGUAAGCCAGAUGCUUGGGUACAGGAUAAUACUUUUAAGGUAAAGGCCAACCAGCAACUAUGGGAAAAUAAGGCGAGAAACGAGCUGCAUCUGGUCGAGCAUCAAGUACCCAAGGAGCCCAAAUCGCAGGAGCUGGACAACAACAAUAACAACAUCAACAGUCAGCGACGACGCUACGUAGGCACGAUGAGUAAUAACAACAACAACAAUGAGAAUAAUAACCGAAACGAUAAUGCCAACCAAGCGGUAAUGGACUAUGAGGACGACAACACUUACGCCAACACUAAUACCAACAACAACAACAACAACAACAAUAUCAAUAAAAAUGACAACCCAUCGCCGCAGGCGCACGACGGCAACCUUGUGUGGGUGAAGCCGCUAAAUAACGGCAAAAGUAAGAACGCGCAGCGUGCGGCGAAAGGCGCGCAUCACAACAGCAACAGCAACAAUGUGAACACAGACACAGAUACCGACACGGACACAGACACUGACACGGACACAGAUACCGACACAGGCGCAGACACAGACACAAACACAGAUACACGCACAUGAUAUCAGCCGUUUGGCGACAUCGCACAGCCUCCACAAAAGCAACAGCAGCAGCAAAAACAACAACAACAAAGCAAACAACAGCAGCAACAACAACAGUACCACCGACAACGGAUAGUGCUGCCACGUCGUUCGAG